AUGCCAGACAUGAUGUCGGGACAACGAUGGCGAAGCUCCCAUGUUUUUAUUCUUGUGACAUGUGGUCUCGCGAUAUUCACCGAUGUCUUCUUCUAUGGCCUGUUGCCACCAAUACUCCCGAGCAUCCUUCGAGAUAGGCUCCACGUUCAAGCAGACAAGGUGCAGCUAUGGACAAGUUUAUUGCCUGCCAUUUACAGCAUUGCAAUUGUCGUCAGCUCUCCACUGGCGGGCUAUUACUCCGACGCUAUCGGCCGAAGGAAGCCACUGUUCAUGGCUGCUCUCCUCAGCCAAUUUGCGGGCAUCAGCCUUAUAACUGCUGGCAACUCCCUUGCUCUUUGGAUCGCAGGAUUAAUUGUGACAGGCCUGUCGUCGGGGGUUGUAUGGACGUCCAGUCUAGCGAUAGCUAUUGAUGCUACUGCGCAGGAGAAUCUGAGCGAAAAACUUGGAUUCGUCAACAUCAGUCUCAGCUGUGGCCUAUUCCUGGGGACAGUCUUAGGAGGAGUCGUGUAUUACAGCGGCGGCUAUUACUCCGUAUGGGCAAUGUGCUACGCCUUGCUGGUCAUUGAUGCGAUCUUGCGAUUACUGCUGAUCGAGCCGCGAGACUCAAAGUCAUCCCCUCCCACAACCGACGGCCCAGACAAUCCGAUCGUGACCAAUCCAGAAGACAGAUCCAGCCAGCCAGACUCUGAAAGGAGCACUCGCGCCAGCGCUGGUGCUAUGGACAUCACCAAGAUUUACGGCGAUGAUUGUGGUUACAAUUCUGGACGCCACGCUGCUCACGUCGUUGGCUUGACUUACAUGGCACUGGUGGCCCCAGUCUUCCUUGGGCCUUUGGUUGGCAGGUGGGCCGACCGUUCUGGAGCGCGUGUCGUGCUGAGCACAACGCUGUUCUUAUCAAUUGUUCCUCUGGUCUGUUUGAGAUUCGUUGAUCACGACGGGACCAGCCAGAAAGCCCUGAUAUGCAUACUGCUCUUCCUUGUUGGCUUGCUGAGCGCUGGCAGAUUGGGUAUCUAUUCUGCUGAGGUUGACCGCGCUGUCACUUCCUACUCAAGGAAGCGGCCUGACUCAGUAGACCGCGAGAAGGGUCUUGCACAGGCGCAGGGAGUCUGGACGGCCGCCUAUUCUACUGGUUGUGCUUUAGGUCCGAUCUUCGGGGGACUAAUCCUCGGCCAUGCCGGCUGGUCGACUGAAACUUGGGCGGUGGCAGUGCUCAGUGCUGCUGCUGGAACCAUCGUCGUGAUUAUGGCCAGUGGGCAGCCACGAUCGACCGAUUGA